CAGCCUACCAGGGAACAGUGGGAUAACUGCCUUGUUCAGGGGCAGAACAACAGAUGUUUACCUUGUCAACUCAAUGUUCUACACUGCACAGAGGGAGUUGCUAUCUGGUAGAGGACCAGCUCUUUCCUGACUUCCUUCCUCUACAGUGGCUGCAAAUGGCCUUCAUCAGACUGCAUUACACCAGAGGGGGAGCCCCUAAAUAGUCUUUAUAUACAAUGCAGGUAAAGUAUGAUGCUCUGUGUAGCUGAGGGUUAUGCUGCUGCAAAUAGCUGUCUAUGUUGAGUAGACAUGAGGUUAUGGGUAAUUACACAUAUCCUUUAUAUGGAUUAGAUGUGUUAAUAAACUCAAAUGAAUUGUGGGUAAGCCCCAUCACCCUAGAAGUAUUAUUUUAGAUGAAUCAGUAAUCUCCAUGUAAGUUUGCUUGCAAAUCGUUUAAGUGCAUGCUGUAUAGGUGUAAUUAUGUGACUACAGUAUGCUUUGCCUUCCUACACUGUAAUUACCCCGCACCUCUCCAAAAACCUGGAUAUGUAAGUAUGUGUGUCUUUCGGAGUGUUGGGUUAAAAGUGGAAGUAAAAUUUCGGUUGGACCUUAUGUGCAAUUGACCAAUAAAGUUAUUUAAAUCUUAAUCUUAUUUACUGUAGGCCUACCCACAUGUAACAAACAUGUAGUUAUUUUUGAGAGGUCAGAGAGGCGGACCAGCAGCCAUUCUAACCAAAUGGACAAUACAUUCCAUUCCAUUCUAAUCCAUUUCAUUAAAUUCUAUUCAAUUCCAUUCCAUUUCAUUCUAUUCCAUUCUAUUCUAUUCAUGGCAAUGCAUAGGAUUGUGGAAAUACAUUUCUCCCAUAACAAGACUAGGGUAUGUAGGCCAACGUCUACAUUUUUAUUGUGAAUCUGAGUCAGGAUUUAGGUCAGAAUUAUGACUUAUCUCAUUCCAAUGUAAUAAUUUUUUCUAGGGCUCGCUGUCUCGUAAAAAAAUGACACUCCCUCUUUGUGCUCACUGACGCGCCUCCAUUGUGCACAGUAGGUGGGACCAUGCAUUUCAGUGCGCUAUUCGUCACCAACACGAUCCAGAGAACGUAGCAUAAUGGCGCUUUGCUCAGACACCCCCUAUGUUUUGUGAGAUGUAACUGCGUCCGAAGGCUGUGAGAGAUAAGUGGAAAGUCCCUAACACUGGGAAUCCCCUUUGUCUGCCUGGGCUUUUCCGCAGUCUGCAUGAAAUACAUUAAGUUGGAGGACGUGAUCUAUGCUUUGACAUAAAGAGUAAACAUACCAACAUAUAAUUGAUUGUGAAGAAGGCUGAAUGGCGCUGUUUGGACUGCUGCGGUUACCCUGAUUGAAGUGGCAGAAGACUACCAGGAGCAUCCUUAGGGCUUUGUUGGUGGUCUUAUUGUACAGUUCUGCAUUGGUACACGUUACAUCUGGUGAACACCAUGUCCCAGGGACAGAAUUUCCUGCCCAAGUUCCUCUUUGUGAGUAACCUGCUGAAAGCGGUCAAGAUCCGGGAGCGGGUGCCCAACGAUGUAGUGAAGCCGGCGGGCAGUGAAAGCCUGAUGCACCACCUGCGGGGCAUGCACCGGUACACACUGGAAAUGAUCAGCAUGAGCCAGUUCCCUCAGGCCUUCCAACAGGUCAUUCAGGCAGCCAUCUUGGACAGGGCCAUGCAGAGCUCCCUAGAGCAGGAGAAGAAGCUCAACUGGUGCCACGAGGUCAAGAAAAUGGUACCACUGAGGACCAAUGGAGAUGGGAACUGUCUUCUCCAUGCUGCCUCUCAGUACAUGCUGGGGGUGCAGGACACAGACCUGGUCCUGAGGAAGGCCCUGCACAGUGUGCUCAAGGAGAACGAAACAGGCAACUUUAGAGCCCGUUUCCAGACAGAGCUACUGCAGUCUCAGGAGUUCACCCAGACUGGCCUGCGUUACAGCACCAUGAAUUGGGAGGAGGAAUGGGAGAAGAUCAUCAAGAUGGCCUCGCCUGUGUCCAGCCGCAAUGGGCUGCAGUUUGACUCCCUGGAGGACAUGCACAUCUUUAUCCUCUCCAACAUCCUCCGCAGGCCCAUCAUCGUCAUUGCAGACCAGGUGCUGCGCAGCAUGAGGUCCUGCUCCUCCUUCUCUCCCCUCAACGUGGGGGGCAUCUACCUUCCUCUGCACUGGCCUCCAAGGGAGUGCUACAAGUACCCCAUAGUGCUCGGCUACGACUCCCAGCACUUUGCCCCCCUCAUCACCAUCAAAGACAGUGGCCCAGAGAUCCGAGCAGUGCCGCUGAUCAACCCGGGCCGCGGGGGCUUCGAGGAGCUCAAUGUGCACUUCUUGAUGGAGAAAGAGCAGACGCAGAAGGAGAGGCUUCUGAAGGACUACCUAAUGCUGAUGGAGAUCCCUGUCAUUGGACUGGGCUACGAUACCACACGCAUCAUCAACGCUGCCAGGCUGGAUGAAGGGAACCUGCCUGAGGACAUGAACCUGAUGGAGGACUACCUCCAGUUGGUCAACCACGAGUACAAGCGCUGGCAGGAGGACAAGGACCAACUGUGGGCCCCCCACCCCCAUAGACCACCCCCCUUCUCCGUGUCUCAGCUGUCCCUCAUCGAGAUCCGAUGUGCCACACCACGGUGCACCUUCUACGUCUCAGUGGACACCCAGCCACACUGCCACGAGUGCUUUGAGAAACGCCAGGGCCAGCCUAACGGGAGGAUAGAGGCUGCCUCUACGAAAGGCGGAAAUCAGGCUUGUGAGCCGGGGUGUAGUAGUAGAGUACGGCCCAGCCCCUCUGGCUGCCUGGCGGUGUUAUCCAGCCCGCUCUCCAUCGCUCCACCGCGCUCGGCGUCCUGCUGUUACAGCGAAACCCACGCCAUGAAGUGCAAGAUGCCUGGCUGCGUUUUCACCCGCAGCAAGGAGCACAAUGGUCUGUGUGAACGCUGCUUUAACAGCCAGCAGAAUGCACCAGGAAGGUGCGGCAUGUGCCACCAGGAGGCCUUCAGGAUAUUUAACGGACUGUGCCCCCCUUGCUUCCAGAGUACUGGCACAGAGCGGCGCGAGGAGCCCCAGCCGCCGGCAGCAGCGUCCUCUUCUGGGUCGUCAUGGACCAAGCCCCCGUCCAAGGAAUCUGAGUGCUCGGGCCGACCCUGUAAAAGGUUGGGAUGCCAGUUCUUUGGUACUCAACAGAAGCGUGGAUUCUGCACCAUCUGCUAUGUGGACUAUCAGACCAACCACCUUGCGACCCUUCCUGCUCCAAUCCAGACUCGCCACGCGUCGGAGGCAGGCUUCCAGAAUGCUUCGCGCUGUCAGGGCCUGGGGUGUGGGGCCAUGGGCAAUGCCAUGCUGGAGGGCUACUGUAACAAGUGCUUCUUUAACGAGCAGAGCUCCAGGUUCAACCAGAAUGCUACCAGGGCUCCCGGUGCCCACUCCCCUCCGCUGGUCAUGCGGACUGCUAAACCAGAACAAGACAAACCCAGAAAGACCCAGACCCAGGCCACGUGCAGGUGGAAUGGCUGCAGUAACUUCUCCCACGGCUGCACAGACCCGUGUCCAGAGUGCCGGGCCACACGAGGGCAGAGAGAGAGCCGCAGGGAGAGGGCAGGGGCACCUAAGGAGACGAUGAAGCAGAGCUGUAAAGCCCAAGGCUGUGACCACUAUGCCAACAUAGAGAAGCAAGGCUUCUGUAACGAAUGUGACCACUUUAAGCAGGUCUACAGGGGGUGAGCCCAAAGGUUUGGGGAAGAUUAAAAUGGUCGUGCCACCAUGCUAGUCAAAGCAUCUCUGAAACUAGUGAAUCUAAGGCCAGACGCCCGUUUUAACAUGUGCUCAUGAAGAGAAAAGAGCAGGGGCAGUCGAAAUGGCAGGCAGAAUACCUCUUGUUGCAAUUAUUAUUAUCCCACGUGUACAGGAUGAAAGGUGAGGUAUACGUGUCAGACAACGGACAACGUGUACAGUAUCAUGCUGUACUACUGAUUGUAUCUUGAAAAAGCGCAAUACGUAAGCUGCUUAAUAAUAUGGGCAAGCAAUUCUCUAUCAAGCAGCUAGUCACCGACACAAUGUGAUAAAUUGCAGCUUUUGUUUAAGAACCUCAUCGACCAAAAUUCUGACAACUGCAAAGUUGUGCCAAAGCCAUCACGACCACUAACAAAAUGAGAGUUUGGUCAGUAGAAAUGUGGUUUAAACAGAAUUAGGUACAGUCAAAACUGUUCCAUACCUAGACAGCUAAUGUACAGUAUCUGAGUGAUUGUGAGUGGGCAGUACCCUUAAGUACUGAAUGGUGCUACUCGAACAGAAGUCAAACGUAGAGGUUAUGUUACAUGACAGAGAAAAACGGUAGUUAAAACUCAAUAAUAUUCAACCUCAAUACAUAUGCUGUUGUGCUCUUGUUUUCAACCUCUCCCACUGCCACAUAGAUGUCUGCUGGCAGUACAUAUGCUGUUGUGUUCUUGUUUUCAACCUCUCCCACCACCACAUAGAUGUCUACAGGCAGUACAUAUGCUGUUGUGUUCUUGUUUUCAACCUCUCCCACCACCACAUAGAUGUCUACAGGCAGUACAUAUGCUGUUGUGUUCUUGUUUUCAACCUCUCCCACCACCACAUAGAUGUCUGCUGGCAGUACAUAUGUCGUUGUCGACCACUUUUUGGAUCUCUACUGUAGAAGUCCAAGUUAGCGCUUGCCCUGAGAGUUGUACCAUGUUACAGUGUGUUCUAUAUGUGGUAAUGCUGGGCAAUUACCUUCACACAGACUCCUAGUUAAUGAGUUACUUAUAGAUGAGAGCAGAGUUCAGUUGAUCUCGUCCAAGGGGAUUGCCAGUGAGGAAAGGAGUGUGUGUUUGGAGGUAAGGAAGGAGAACAUAAAGGCAGGAGAAAUCCCUGUACAGCUCAACACCCCAUUCAGAGGAGGGAGAACAUAAAUCCAGGAGAAAUCCCCGUAGAGCUCAACACCUCAUUCAGAGGAUGGAGGGAGGGAGAACGUUAACAAACACCUGUGGGGAAAAACAGCAACACAGCCCUUAGCUUGGUUCAUACCUUGUAGCUGUGGCAUGGCUGGACCCCAGGAAGAGUAGCUGCUGCUUUGGCUGCAGCUGAUGGGGAUCCAUAAUAAAUACAAAUACAAGCCUGCAGUAAAAUACCUCACCACCCAUAGAACUUGGCCUGCAGUAUAGUACCUCUUUAUCGUAGGGGCUCUGCUGAAAUCUGCUCUGCUCACACGAUGCCUCACUCUACUACUCUGUUUGAUAUAAAACUGACAUGCCUGUGUUUUCUUCUUUUAAACCUAUAUAUUUGAACUGACGUUUCCUUCCUGCCCAAAAACGUGCCAUCGUCUUCAAAGCAUUGAUUUGACCUCUUAACUAACGCAUCGUUGAAGUCUGUUCAAUAUGCAUAUGCGACAUCUGUUAAAUAUGCAUAUCUGACGCCUGCAAAAAAAUGUAUUUUGUUGAUUAGACUUAUGGCAGCAUAGAUAUAGAUCUGCGCUUUAAGCAGAUGAUACACAUAAUAUAUUACAAGGGUAAUUAGUUGUCAGUACAUGCUCUUUGGUUAUGGGUCUGAACCCCGUUCAGACCACUACAUACUACACAAUACUUAAUAAGCUGCUCUGGUACUUUCCUUGACAUGCAUAGGGACGACAUUCCAAUGUUACACAUAAACAUGCAAAGUUGUAACAAAACAUGCAAAAGUUGUGAGACAUUUUUGUGUAACCUGUCAAUAAUAGGGUAUUGUAUGAAAAGCUUUGUUUUGUAAGUAUUUAUUAAUAUCAAAUAAUAUCUGUACUGUGCGUUUCAAUACUUAUUUAUAUGUCCUGAAAUGAAUUAUUUUUAUUAAGAAAA